UUUUUCUGCAUCACCACCGAACACGUCUUUCCUCGGCAUGCUAGGCAUGUGGGGGUUUAGGUUAAAGUCGAGGAGGGGAAGGGAAGGGAAGGGAAGAGGGCAGAAAGGACGAGGUAGAGAGGACCAGGCGCAGACUACGACGUCCAGUACGAGAGCCGGGAUUUCUACAUUGCGCGCAGAUGAAUAUAUAAGAGAAGAAUGGCAUCCUCGUCCUGGAAGAAAAGGGAAAAUCUCCUCCAGGGUCCUCCGGAUACUUCUUUCCGUCUCGCCUUCUUUUCGCUGUUCUGGAUUCUGGCCUUGCUCUUCUUGACCAACAAAGAUGAAGGUGACGCUCUCUCUUCUGGCGGCAGCCGCCCUGGCGGGCACUGUCUCGGCCGAGUCGGCCAUGGAAAGCCUGAGGAAGCUGAAGCUCGAGACGUGGACCGCCGAGAGCGAGGCCGGCGCGUUCGACGUGGACCGCUACGAGCCUCUGAUGGCCUCUGCGGCCUGCGUCAAUGGAAGGGCCGGGGAGUACCGGUGCUCCAACGUCGAUAUGGCCGACUUCCUCCGGCACCAGGACAUGGGCUCGUCGACCCGCCGUGGCAACGAUAUCUGGGGCUGGACGUCCGCGACCGGCCGUGAAUUCGGCGCCGUGGGUCAGACUGACGGUACGGCUUUCGUCGAAGUCCUCCGCGACGGAUCGCUCGUGUACCUCGGCCGCCUGCCUACCCAGACCACGUCGUCCUCCUGGCGCGAUAUGAAGACGAUCGGUGAUUACCUAUACGUCGGCGCCGAGUCGUCCCGCCACGGCCUGCAGGUCUUCGACAUGAAGAGGCUGCUCACGAUCAACCCGUCGUCCCCUCGGGUGUUCAGCACCUCGACGGACCUGACGGCCCACUUCUCCGGCUUCGGCAACUCGCACAACAUCGUCGCCCACGAGGAGGCGAACAUGAUCUACGCCGUCGGCGCCACGAGCGCCACGAGCUGCCGCGGCGGCUUGUACAUGGUGGACGUCAGCAACCCGGCGCGCCCCACCUCGCCCGGCUGCCUGUCGGCCGGCGGGUACGUGCACGACGCGCAGUGCGUCACCUAUUCCGGCCCGGACACGCGGUACACCGGCCGCCAGAUCUGCUUCAACUUCAACGAGAACACGCUGGACAUUGUCGACGUGACGAGCAAGACCCGUCCCGUCACGCUCAGCAGCACCACCUACAACGGCGCCGCGUACACGCACCAGGGCUGGCUGUCCGACGGGUCCAUGCGGUUCCUCCUCUUGGACGAUGAGCUGGACGAGCAGCGAGGUACUGGUCCGGCCCGGAACAGGCGUACCACGACGUACAUCGUCGACGUCGCCAACCUGCAGAGGCCCGUUUUCACCGGUUACUACCAGAGCCCCGCCAUCGCUAUUGACCACAACCAGUACACGCUGAACGGUUUGUCGUACCAGGCCAACUACGGCUCUGGGCUGCGCAUCAUCGACGUCCGGACGCUGAGCCGCGACCCCACCGGUGCGGGUAUUCGGGAGGUCGGCUACUUCGACUGCCAUCCCGAGGACGACAGCGUGGGCGGGCGCACCGAAUUCGUGGGUACCUGGAGCGUGUAUCCGUACUUCCGCUCCGGCUUUAUCCUUCUCAACAGCAUCGAGCGCGGUGUCUUCUCUCUGAGAUACACCGGUUAAGAUGUUGGCGCGGCUGGCGGCCUGGCUGGAAUUGAGGCAGACGCGUCGUCGAAGGAAGGCUAGGGGGGGUGGCCUCUGUAUGGGACUUGGGCGCAUGAGAAGCUGGCUCUGAUGGGCGGGCGUCCUUGGGACAAGGCGUGAUUGAUGUUGCAUGAUUCGAAGACCAGAUAUGGAACAGCUUCCUAUAGCAGCUUCAUGUCCCGCGAAUGACGAAAAUGGUGACGACUAUACCAGGCUGUUCUCAGCUUUAC